AUGGCGAGAAUGCUCGGCAAGACAUUGCGGCGCAAGCGCAAUCGCUUGCUUCCGAGCGCGAUGCCGCGCUACAAGAAGUUGCCGACCUCAACGCUCGAGGACACAGCUUCGAAGCCGAAGCAACGCACCGUAAAGCUCGAAGUCCCCAAGUAUGGAGGACUUGCCUCCCACCAACUGCUUCGUUGGAUCAAGCAAGUAAGUCGUGCCGCGGAUGCUUUGAACAUCGAUGACGAUGAGAUCCGCGUGUCUUUCGCCAUGUCGCACCUUACCGGUCGUGCGGACGAUUGGGCCUGGGGCCUAACUUGCGAAGACGGCUUCGCGUUUGCCAAUUUCGAUGAUUUCAUCGAACAAUUGAAGGCAGCGUUCCUGCCAGCGAACAGCGACUUCCGGUACCGCGCGGAGUAUCUAUCUGCCAGGCAAGGCAAGCGCUCUAUUCGUGAGUACGUCCACGAUCUGCGCUUCCUUGCGUCCUGUGUCACCCAGAAGUCUUCGCUCUCCGAAGAGACUAAGGUGACUAUUUUUAUGAACGGCCUCAACGACUCAGCUGCGCGCACGCAGCUUUUUCGGACAUAUCCUUCGACAUUCGAAGAUGCCGUCCGCACCGCGCUGGCCGAAGAGUUUUCGGUUCUCCAAUCUCGCACCACUACCAAGACCCGCGACCCACAUGACAUGGAGGUCUCUGCUAUGACCUCACCCACCACCGACCGUCGUUGCUUCAACUGCAACCGACCGGGACACUUCUCCCGCGAGUGUCGCCAACCACGCCGUGCGGCGACAUCCGCUCGUGGUACUGCCGCAUCCCCUGCACCCCGCUUCGCACAUCCCGUUGUCGAUCGCGCACGCGGCGGUCGCGAGUUUCCUCGCGGGCGGGGAAACGGGACUCCUCAGUAG